GGCAGUAGAGCAAGCAAACUCGUGGCACAACGACUACGUGAAAGACAACAACAAACACAGAUAGCCCACAUCAUAAAGAAAAAGGGCCAAAAAGUACACCUACCAUCAGACAUAUGCAGAGAAUUUGCCCAAUAUUACAGUCAACUAUAUAAUCUCACAGAAGACCCAAACACACCACAACCCACAGAAGUAGGCAUACGGUCCUAUCUAAACAAUAUUCCACUGCCAACUCUGUCCGAAUCCCAAAAACAACUUCUUGCAGCCCCCAUCACAGAAAACGAGAUAUCAGAAUGCAUUAACUCCCUACCCAAAGGGAAAGCCCCAGGACCCGACAGAUUCACAAAUGAAUAUUACACAAAAUUUCCAACCCCUUUUAGCCCCACAUCUUAG